UUAAAUUUAAAAAGGAAUCGUACCAAACAAAGAGACGAGGAAGAGAAGGGAGUCCUUUUUGUUUGCUUUGCGUUUAGCCUCAAUUGCCAAGAAAAGUAUCCAAAUCGACGAACAACACAGAAAUCGAUUGAUUUAUAUUUUAUAGGUAUAGAAGAAGACGAAGACGAAGACGAAGAAGAAGAAGAACAGAGUGUUAAGUUUUCGGUGCUAUGACCUUGAAUUUGAUGAUGAGGAGACCUUGUUUUAUGUCUUAUUGUUGUUGAAAUGGGUAGAUUUUUGUUAUACGUAUUCACCAACUUGAAGCUACCAUUACCGUUGAGUGGCUGCUUUCACUUGCGAUCCAAGUCUUCUUUCAUUGCUAAUUCACCUCCUUUUUUGCGCUUCUCUAAGCGCUCUUCUCUACCAUGACCUUCUCCUUUAUACCCACUUUCUGCUUUGUCCUCCACAAGCGUUUCCUCUUCCAUUCCCAUGGACCCCACCAAUCGUCCUGCCGUCGUCAUCGACAACGGCACUGGGUAUACUAAAAUGGGUUUCGCGGGAAACGUAGAACCUUGUUUUAUUUUACCAACAGUUGUAGCUGUAAACGAAUCAUUUCUAAAUCAAUCUAGAACAACUUCAAAAGCGAAUUGGUUAUCACAGCAUAACGCUGGUGUUAUGGCCGAUCUAGAUUUCUUUAUUGGAGAAGAGGCGAUUACUAAAUCAAGAUCUAGUAAUACUUAUAACCUUAGUUAUCCAAUUAAACACGGCCAGGUUGAUAAUUGGGAUGCUAUGGAAAGGUACUGGCAGCAAUGUAUAUUUAAUUAUUUGAGGUGUGAUCCAGAGGAUCAUUAUUUUCUUUUGACUGAGAGCCCACUUACUGCACCGGAGACUCGUGAAUACACCGGUGAGAUUAUGUUUGAGACGUUUAAUGUUCCUGGGCUUUAUAUUGCGGUCAACUCCGUGCUUGCUUUAGCUGCUGGGUACACAACAUCCAAGUGUGAGAUGACAGGGGUUGUGGUGGAUGUUGGAGAUGGGGCAACUCAUGUUGUACCAGUUGCUGAUGGUUAUGUCAUUGGGAGCAGCAUUAAAUCAAUCCCUAUAGCUGGAAAAGAUGUUACUCUCUUUAUCCAGCAGCUCAUGCGGGAAAGAGGAGAGAAUAUCCCGCUGGAAGAUUCAUUUGAUGUAGCUCGAAAAGUUAAGGAAAUGCACUGCUACACUUGUUCUGACAUUGUUAAGGAGUUCAACAAGCAUGACAAAGAACCCGGCAAGUACAUUAAGCAUUGGAGAGGUAUUAAACCCAAAACAGGGGCACCAUACUCUUGUGAUAUUGGCUAUGAACGAUUUCUAGGCCCUGAGGUCUUUUUUAAUCCUGAGAUUUAUAGCAGCGACUUCACCACUCCUUUACCUGCUUUGAUAGACAAGUGCAUUCAGUCUGCACCAAUUGAUACAAGGAGGGCUUUGUACAAGAAUAUUGUGUUGUCUGGAGGUUCAACCAUGUUCAAGGACUUUGGCAGAAGGUUGCAACGGGAUUUGAAGAAGAUUGUAGAUGCGCGGGUUCUUGCAUCUGAAGCUAGAUUAAAUGGCGAAAUUAAAUUUCUAGUCACAACCAGUGGAAGUAAAUGUAGUCAGCCAUCCUAUUCAAAGAUUUGCUGUUUGGUUCGGUGGUUCAGUACUUGCAUCAACACCUGAAUUUUUUGCGGCUUGCCAUACAAAAGCAGAAUAUGAGGAAUAUGGAGCAAGUAUUUGCCGCACAAAUCCUGUUUUCAAGGGAAUGUAUUAGAUCAAAUUUGGAUUCAGCAGGCAUUCUCAGAUGGAAAUGUUCUUGGAGUGACAUCACUUUCCACUUCCAGCAUGUGCCCCAAUUUGCUUUCCUCAUUACAUCAUUGUGCGGUCAUCCAUAUUCACUGGCUGUGAGAGGCAUUGUAAAAUAUGGACGCUUGAUCCAAACUGCAACAGGGAAAAUGCAUUCCUUGUAUUGAUUCUUUCAUUGGUUAGCUGCGGUCCCUUAAAAUCUAUAGGAUGGAAGUUAAUCACAUUACUUGUAGGCCCUGCUAGGAACUGUCAUUUAGGUAAAACACAGACGAGCUGAUUUUUAUAGCCUUCAGCUCAGUUAGAUCAUGACAAUGAUUUUUCCCCCUUUUAUUUCCUCUUUGUUCCUGAAUGUUUAUAAUACCAAAUAUAUUCAUUCGUUUGUAUAAGUUGGAUAAACGGUACUACUAAUUAGAAUUAGAGAUUUUGUUUUAUUUGAAUUUACUCUGCCCUUUAUGGGUUAAGGAUUAUUGUAUAUCAUAUCAAUCUGCAGGAUUAGAAAUUACAUUCA